UUUUCCCUCUCCCUGCCCAGCAGACUCCGGAGGAAUGGUAACCGGUUAGCUCAUCGGGCAGCAGCUGUUUGAUUCACUUGUAAACGUUUUUUUGGUAUACGGUAGUUCUGUUCUAAUAAUGAAUUUACUACCGUCUAAUCCUCACGGGAACGGGCUCCUUUACGCUGGAUUUAACCAGGAUCAUGGAUGCUUUGCCUGUGGAAUGGAGAAUGGAUUUCGUGUGUACAACACAGAUCCUCUCAAAGAGAAGGAGAAGCAAGAGUUCCUGGAGGGCGGGGUUGGCCACGUGGAGAUGCUGUUUAGGUGUAACUAUCUGGCACUAGUAGGAGGAGGGAAGAAACCCAAGUACCCAACUAACAAAGUGAUGAUCUGGGACGACCUGAAAAAGAAGACAGUCAUUGAAAUUGAGUUCUCAACAGAAGUCAAAGCAGUGAAGCUUCGGCGGGACAGGAUUGUGGUGGUCCUGGACUCGAUGAUCAAAGUGUUCACCUUUACCCACAACCCCCAUCAGCUGCAUGUGUUUGAGACCUGCUACAACCCCAAAGGUCUGUGUGUGCUGUGUCCUAACAGCAACAACUCUCUGCUGGCAUUCCCCGGGACUCAUUCAGGCCACGUGCAGAUAGUUGAUCUCGCCAACACAGAGAAGCCCCCUGUCGACAUCCCCGCCCAUGAGGGGGCGCUGUGCUGCAUCGCUCUCAACCUGCAGGGCACGAGAAUAGCCACUGCAUCUGAGAAAGGGACUCUCAUUAGAAUUUUUGACACAUCUGCAGGCCAACUCAUACAGGAGCUAAGACGAGGCUCGCAGGCAGCUAACAUUUACUGCAUUAAUUUUAACCAGGACGCGUCCCUUAUCUGUGUGUCCAGCGACCACGGCACAGUGCACAUCUUUGCUGCAGAGGACCCCAAAAGGAACAAACAGUCAAGCUUGGCAUCGGCCAGCUUUCUUCCCAAAUACUUCAGCUCGAAGUGGAGCUUCUCCAAGUUCCAGGUCCCCUCAGGCUCCCCCUGUGUGUGUGCCUUCGGAACAGAGCCCAAUGCCGUCAUAGCUAUUUGUGCUGACGGCAGCUACUACAAGUUUCUGUUCAACCAGAAAGGGGAGUGCUCCAGAGACGUGUACGCCCAGUUCCUGGAGAUGACCGAUGAGAAAAUAUGACCUUUGACCCAUCUGAAGACUUCCUAUUAAGCAACCAGUUUUGUUUUUCUUGACUUUUUUUUUUCUUCUUUUUUUCCCCCCCUUUUUUUUAAGGAGACAGGAGAGGUCCCAAGUUGCACUUCUCUUUAUCUUGACAGACUCUUAAAAGAGCAUCAGAUCAAAGAAGGACAAAGAAAAAGAAGCACAGACUUUGGGGGAAAACUCUUAACGCAAAGAUGAAAGUGUGAACAGUGGUGCAGAUUUGAUGUCUCUGGACGGAGGGACACGGAUGCUGGCUUUACUCCCAAACCAAACGCAGGAAAAAAACACAAAAAAAGAGGGAAAGAUAUUUUUUGAAAGGACAACUUGCCGCUUUUUAGGACGUCUUCCAAGGAAUUUACAAAGGAUGGCUAUUUUUAAUCACAUAGAUGAUUCUGAUAGUUAGACGGAUUGAAAAUAUUGAGAUUUUUGUCAACUAACACCACCUAACCUAACUAUAGGGAGUGCCUCUGAGACUGGAGAGAAUCUGUAUGUGUGCACAUACUAUUGUUGUCAUAUAUACAUACAUGUGUUCGCGUAUAUACCAAUGUACCAUAUUAGGCAUUUGCAAAGCCGGAGCAGAAUGAGGUAACUGUUUCUCUCCAGUUGGGUCUUAAAGGUUCAAAGUAACAUCUGGAGUGUUGAAACAGUCUCUGAUCCUGCAGCGUGAAGCGUCACCUUAGUAUUACUAGAUUUUCUUACAGUCACUGUAUAUACACAACUCGCCAGACUGAACUUCUAACCACAAGGACUUGUACAGAAUAGUAGCAAAAAAAAAAUUAACAUGUAUUUUUGUUUCACUUUUCCUUUUUUUCAUACAUUGUGCAAUACAUUGUUUCCCUGAACAGUUUUUUUCACUAAAAGCUUGUGAAAGUUGAGUGUGUGUGUGUUAGGGGUCGACCGAUUGUUCUGGGCCAAUAUCAGUCCCGAUGAUUGGUGAUCAACAAGAUGAUAGCCAGUAUUUACAACUACUAUACAUUCAUUGUGAAAAUUCAAAUCUUGGUGUCAACAUUUGGAAGAACACAAACUCAAACACAAAACUUUGACAAAAUUCCCUUCUGUUUGACAUGUAUAAUUAAAGGAGGACAACAUUUAUCUUUAAAUGUUGAUUAUUAGUCAUGACAUGCAACAGUCACAUAGUGCUGUGAGCCGGACAUUACAUGAGACCACAGAGUUCCAGAUGGAGAGAAAGGUCUGCGUCACAGCCAAAGUAGCACAUUUUAAAAAGUAUUUUAUUGGAAACUGGUUUAACUACAUGAUACCAAUAAUUGAAAUGAGGCUGAAUGUCAGAUGUAUAAGUUGGCCAGAUCUAUCGAUCCAUCCCGAUUAUGUUGGUUCUACCUAAACAUUUUGAGAAAUGCACUUAUCUAACUCUUUGCAAAUUCGAUACCACACUCAUGUCUGUGCCGUAAAUGUAAAGUUAGAGUUAGCAGCUGCUUAGCAUAAAGACUGAAAACAGCUAGCUGGGCUUGUCUGAAUGUAACAGAAUCUCUGAACCAUCACCGCUGCAGCUCCCCACUAAGUACCUUAAAGCUUGUUAGUUUAAUCUGUACUGAAGUUAAAAAUGAGAAAAUUAUGUCUCAUAAGUUAUGUGUAAACGAUUUUUGGGCAGUGACUUUGUAUAAUUAAUUUAUCAAAUGAGAUAUGUAUUGUUGUUUAGUUAGCUUUAGAGCUACAGUUGCAUUUUGUUACCUACAGACAAAAGCUGGGCUCGCUGGUCACAUCUACCGACUUCAUGCUAAGACAAGCUACUAGUAUCCUGCUAGCCUUUGCUUUCUGUUUACACUAUGGAUGAUUGGUACCGAACUCCUCAUCUUGCUCUUUGUAAGAAAGUGACUAAGACGUUUCUCAAAAUGUUGGAAUAUUUCUGUAAGCGUCUGUAAAAGUUGAGUGCUUUUUCAGAAGCUUCAGAGUCAAACACACGGUUUCCAUCUGAAAUCUCAUAAAUGAGUGAGAUGUUUGACUCAACAGCCCAGAUCAACUGUAAAAAUUUGAAUAUGUUGAACUUUGUUCAAGACUGAACUUAAUGCUUCGCCCGAUAUGUUUCAAUCAGAAAUGUUCUGAAGGAUGAUCGAUUGCUCCACAUGCUUUUGGUUGGCCAGUGUGGCUCUGCAGUCACAGCUCGUGACACCUUUUCGUCAAAAUCUUGACCACUCUUUUGCUAAGAGUGUAGUUUUUGUCUGUUGUCAUGUCCCUGUAAACAGCUUCACCCUGCUAGUUCAGCUAAUGCCAAUCAGGGACUCUGAAGUGCUUUGUUGUGAACCCUGUGGGGAUAAGCUGCAGAUCUGCUCAGUGUGGAUUCACCACAGUGGAACGUCUAGAAGCCAAGCUGUGUUGGUGCAUCAUUUUCAUUUGUCAUCUUACUCGACAGCUUUUUCGUUGAUACUUUGCAAAAACACAUUUCAGUUGUGUUGCUUUCUGUGUCAGAUUGUACUCUUGCAGGCGUCACGCCGAACGUACACGGUCACCAACCACAGGAGGGAUGCUGCACAAACUGAAAAGCCAACUUGUUUCUGACACACUCAGAAUGAUUGUAAACCUGCAUAUAAAUUUGUGAAUAAAAUUUAACAUCUUUUACAGUUAA